GCAGCGGAUAACGAGCGGCGGCGAACUGGCUGCUCAUCGAUGUGUUGUGUGGAUGUGAUUGAUGGUGGUGGGGGAAGUGCGGUUUCCCACCAUCGAUGGUCUGUCAUCACAUCACCACAACACUAUUUCACCACCAUCACCAAGAACCACCCCAUCAACUUCUGCAGCUAUCUCCUCCAGCUUCGUCUCUCCUGUUGGUUCGGACUUGCGCGCUUUUGAUCCACAACAAGUGCUCGCCCUCCUCCUCCCACCAUCAGGUGGACACGGCCGCCAAGGAUGAGGCCCUGUGCCCAGAUCUCCUGCAGUACGUGCGCGAGAGAUGCAUCCCCUUUCGCUCCGACAACAACGGUGACACGGGCGCAGACCACAGCGAUGAGUGGACACCACGCUCCCAAGACGACCUGGACGACCUGCUGUGCGUGUUGACGGGUGCACUGCAAGAAGACGAUGGUGACGACGCCGGAAUGUGCAUCAGCGCACACGCGCCAUCAACCUUCGUCCGCAUCAUGGCGAUGCUGCCUGGAGAAGCCGACGUCACCAUCGCCUGCUUGAAGGCGCUCAAGCAGCUCGCCUUCCGCUGCCCGCCGCGGCCCCACGAAGCGCCCUUCAUCACACAAGCCAUCCUCAACGCCGUCCUCUCCUUCUCCGACAACGCCUGUGUCGUCGAGCACGCCUGGGCAGCGCUCUGCAACGUCGUGCGCACCGCGCGGCACAAGCGCUCCCUGCUACACCAGAUUGUCCCUGAGGGCACGCCAAAGCUGGUCACUGUAUCCAUGGAGUGGCACGCGGCCAGCAGCGGGGUGCAGUUCUGGGCGUGUAUGCUGUCGCAUGACCUCUUCUUCCUUGACGGCACAAACGACCUCGUCACCAACUCCGCCGCCGCCGCUUUCAACGCCCUGGCUGCCUUCCCUGCGCAUGCGCCCGUGCAAAUGGCUGCUGCGCGCCUGUGCGCCGCUUAUGUGGUCAUGACCAACCGCAGCUGCACGCGGCGCGAGAUGGAGCUGCUGGCUCGUGCUGUGCGCGUGUGUCGGCACCAGGUGUGGCUGGCGCGGGAGGUAGCGUACGCGUGGCACUACCUCGUCGAUCGCUGUAUCCUCCAUCCCGUGGCAAGCAGCAGCAUCAUCACAGCCGCCGUCUCGGCCGUGUACGGCAUUUGCGGCAGCCAUGUCCGUGGUGACGAUGAUGACCACGACAACUACAACUACUGCAGCAGCGGCAGCAGCAGCAGCGGCGGCAGCAGCAGCAAUGUCAAUGGCACCCUCGACGACCCCAACAGCGAAGAUGUUUCCACGCCUGACGCCGUCGCCGCCACCAGCGACAGUCCCAUCACCUUCAGCAGCAGUGUGCGGCUCCAGUACUACUGCUGCUCGGUGCUGCGCGCCUGUGUACACGCGUCGCUGUCGCAAGACGCGAUCUGCAACCUGGUGGCACUCGCCGCCGCCAUCGCCACCACCACCGCCAUUGCAAUGGCCCCAAUGACGACGACGACGACCACCACCACCACCACCACUGCUGGGAGUGUGACUACGAUCGUCACUGCGACGACGAUCACCACUGUGACUGCCCCACCUGCUGCCACAAUGGUGGCGGUGCAGCGAAUGGCAUGGCAGGUGCUCGUCCGAACGGCGCAGCACGACAUGGUGCGCGACGCCCACGCCGCCGCCAUCCCCUUCCUGCAGCGCAUGGCAGAUGGUGACGUGGCACCCGACACUGCCAUGUGGCGCAUGGCCUGGCACACCACGCACGUGCUGCUGCAACAGGACCGUUUCAAGGCCAAGAUGCUGGCGCACCCGCGCCUCCUGCGCUGCCUCGUCCACGCCCUCAUCUCCGCAGACCCAAGUCGCCCGCUUGCUCCUACUACCGUUCCUGAUGGUGACGGUGAUGGUGAUGGUGAUGCUGGUGCAGAGGCUGUGGGCGGCAACCGUGGCCCGCUGGCAGUGAGGUUGAACGAGACGGGCUGUUGUGAGAACAACAACAGCGCCGGCAUGGUCAGCGCCAUCAACAACACGCGCAACGACAGCGAUUCGCCGGCCAUGUUCUUCAGUACCACCAACAUGCGCCCGCUCCUGUGCGACGUUGUUGCGCAGCUGACGUGGACGGAGGCUGGCUGCGACGCGCUGGUGGAUGUGUGCGCACAAGAGGCGCUGUUUGGCUUCCUGAGAGCCGACGGCAUCGCAGGGACGCUUAAGGAGGAACACCACCGACACGCCGAUGCUGAGGACGCCAUGAGGGACGAGCAUGCACGCGUGCGCCAGCAGCGGCAGCUGCACUGGGUUGGCCACCUCCUGCGCUACGAGCAGGGCGAUGAGGAGAGGCGGCAGCUGCUGCGCCUGCAAACGUACCUGCACACCCAGCACCCGCCCGACGACGAGGCCCGCUGGUUCCGCGGCGAGCGGCGGGCGAAGGCCGCGCAGGCCUUUGUCCAUGACAUGGUGCGCAGCGUGCUGUCUGCCAUGCUGCGGAUGGUGACCAUGCACGCUGGGGUGCGGGCCUGGCUGCGCGAGGGCGACAUUGGGCGGCAGGUGGUGCUCGCCACAAUGGCAGCGUUCCCCACGAUCAGUGAUGUGUUGCGGCUUGGCGCCGACCUGCUCUUGUGCUUCUACGGGUCCUCGAAACCGCUGCAGGCAAGCCCCGGGCGCGUUCGGUGGAGCGUGGACGUGUUUGACGCGCUCAGUCGCGCCGUGCUCUGCCACCUGGAGGAGAAGGAUGCAAUGAAGAUUAUCGCCAACCACAUGGUCAAAACCAUUCACCGCAAGCCGCCGUUCUCGCGCGACCUCAACGGCACGGAGAACUGGUGGGGACAACAACAACAACAACAACAACAACAACAACAACAACAACAACAACAACAACAACAACAACAACAACAACAACAACAACAGCCAUGA